AUCUGGCGGCGAGUGUUAAUCGCGACCGCCAUGCCAUGCGGCUGUUUCGGAGCUGACAUUCUCGUGAACGUCGCGAUAACGUGGGAAAGGUCGCGAUUAAUUGGUGUCAUCGUGUAAAAUGUGUGAAUACGCGAAGCAUUGGUGCCGAGUGAGUGAGCGUGUAGCAAUUGAAUCACCGAGGAUGGUGCUCCGAUGAAAAUACGGUACAGCCCGUGGUGUCUCAUCGGUUAGGAGAUUUGCAAGUGGAUCGAAAGUGUCGAGACAGCAGAGACCAGAGGACAAACCUUUCGCUCCGAUGACGAAUGGUUCCACUUUGCGGAUCAAGGUUUAAUGAUCGACACAAUGACUCACAGUCUUUGGGACUCGUUGGGCCUCACAGUCGUUCGCUUGACACUAGUUCUACCAGGAUAUUUUCAAUAGUGGAUCUGUACGGUUAAACCAAGUCAUUUCUACUCCCGUUGCUCAUAACACAGGAGUCAUGAUCCUCGACGAGGGAAUAACAAGCACGGCGACUUGCAUCUCCAGUAUGAAAUCUGAACUGUCGACAUCAAUUUCCGGAAAUCCUCCGGUGCACUCCUGGCCAACAUCCGGUAUCCUGCCACUCACACGAGCAUCCUUCGAAGGAUGCCUCUAUCGCGGUGAAGGAAAUGCCAACGUCGUGAUUGCCCUGCCACGUGAACGCAAGGUAGUUCGAUUCCGGAAAUCGAGUCCGGGCGAGGUUUCGCCCGAUGCCGGAAGAGCGCGAGUCGAACGAGAGGUCGACUUCCUCAGGAGCGUAAUUUCCGGCUUCCUUGGAUGCUACGUCCAGACACCAUAUAUCCUGCGCGGCAACCAGGACGACAUGGCUGCACUUUCCGAAGCUAUAUAUGCUUUUCGACCGGAAUACAGGCGUAAUAAGGAAAUCGUCGAGGAGUAUGCUACCAAGUUUCCAGACUACACGUUUUUACCACCAUCUUUUGAUACACCCGAAGCCCACUCUGAUGAACCAGCCAAGUACACCUUCUGCGUGGAAAUAAAGCCAAAGCAAGGAUUUCUCCAUGAUCAGGAAUGUCAAUUUAAAAAGUGUCCUUACUGUCUCACACAGUAUUAUAAAUUGAAAAAUGGAACAGUGUCACAGCGUAGUAGGUACUGUCCCUUAGACCUCUUCUCUGGGGAUAAUGACAGGAUGCAGAAUGCUCUGCGUGGUCUACUGGAAUCUCCACAGAAUAAUUUAAAGAUCUUCAAGGAUGGGAUUAUUGUCUAUAGUCAGGACUCAUGCCCUGAUGACAUAGAGCACAUCUUCGCUGACUGGUUUCCAAGCAGCACACCUUGUACCCCGGAGCAGUACUUUAAUAAGUUUUCAAGUCUGGUCAUCGCCACGCUUCUACGUUCUUUUCCUCAGAACUUACAGUCAGUCAUUGAAUCACAUCCACAUGUAGAACCUUGCGAUGACCUUGAUCCACCAUCUAGAAUGAAUUUGGAAAUUGUCGCCAAGGCCAAGAAGAUUUUAUACUUUGCCGGUGAAGAGUGCAAUUUUACUACCGGUCAUCUACCACCUGAUUCGGUACUGGGACGAAUAUUGUGCAUGCAACAACUACCUUACUGCAGUGCAGACAUUGUUUAUCGAAUUUAUUCGAAAUAUCGUGCAGUGCUGAACGACGAGGUUAUAUAUUCUAAUAUUAUUGAAAUGCACAGAAAUGAAAUGGAGUCGCGAGAACACGUCGCCAGUCACAAGCGAAAGCAGGCUCAUUUAUACUUGACACAAAGUGAUAAUGUUAAAAGAUCCAUGGAAGAUACCAAUGAAUUAUACACAAGGAAUCUGUCACUUUGUAAGAUCAAACUUCAGGAUACUAAUGGGAAUAGACGCAACGAGACCCACUGCUGUCAUUGGAUUUUUAAUAAUGAUUCGAAUAUAAAGGAGGAAAAGAAAUUAGACUUAGCCACGAAUUCGGUAUCACUCAUUAAUAAGCGGAACAGUGUGAUAAGGCAAAAACGCAAAAUUGAUGUCAAGACGUCCAACAAUCCAUUGAGCAUCGAACAGCUGCGGGUUUUACAGAAUUACUUAUUGUUUUCUACUGCAAGAGAUUGUUCAAUCCUCAUGGCCUUUCGAGAGUUUGAUCCAAAUACGUCAUCUAAUGUUCCUUCUGAUCACGUGAUCAAGAUAUCUGAAGGUUUACAUUAUUUGGCAAAUGUGGGUGUCUCUGAUUUGGAUCCUAAGAGUGUUCGUUGUAUCGAGAAGCAUCGUCUGCGUGACGUUGAUAUCCUUAAUGCAGUCAUCCAAGUCCUUGAAGAGGAACUUGCUCUCAGGAAUCAGGGAUCCUUGGAGGGUCACAAGCAGCACAUUUCGAAGUGUAGUGAUUAACGACUGAGACUGAAAGUUUUUAUUGGCAUAGGGAAAAAUUUUAAGGAAUUUUUUGAUUCCACUUUUAUUUAUUUCUUUUUUUUAUUUUCUGAUCUUGUCGCUCAGAAUAACGUCAUCUGAAUCACAGAGACUCUUAUGACUCGUUAAAUCAUGUCACAUUACCAUACUUUAUAGUAUGACGCGAAUUGUUAUACAAUUUUAGAAAUUAUUUAGAAACAUUUUCAUCGCGUAUAUGGAAGUAUCAAUUUUGUUGUCUGCAAUCGCGACUAUGAAUUACUGAAUAUCUAUUGCUUGUACGUAAAGGGUAUGGAAUGUUUGUUGUUGAUGUCUUAAGAUUUAUUAAUUUAUAAAUGUCAAUGGAGCGUGAUUAAUUAUUUAUUAUGAUUCGCGUAUUAAUGUUAUUUUGCCUCUCUCUUGUCAAAAUUAUGUUAUUCCCAAGUGACUUUGGUAAGAGUUCUCUGAGACCUCAAAAGUUCACAGAUUAGGACAAUUUUCGUAAGAAAUUAAAUUUUCCGAAUUUCUUAAAUUAUUUGCACGUGGAAAGUUUGUGAGAUCUGUUUCGAGCAUAAGUAGUGUAGAGUUAAUAGGAUUGAAUAAUUUCUAAUAGUAACUUUAUUUGCGAUUUCUGACUGUUAUGAGCCGGAAUCAUUAUCAUUCAAGAAAUCGCUAGUUUUUCAUGUCGAAGGCCAACACGUCGACGGGUAUUUAUAGCUGAUAAAAAUUCUUGUGAAAGUCAUCAUUAUUUGAUACGAGGUGGAUGACUUUCAGAUAUUCAUAAUAUUUCUAACUGCAUAAGGCAUACACUACAAUUUCUCGUUAUGAUUAAUUUGCAACCCGUUAGUUUUGCCUAUGCGAAGAAAUUAUUUUUAAUCAUGAAUCAGUUAGAAUUUAUAUUUAAGAAUGAUCGAGUACGCUUUUGUCCGAUUAAUUCAAUUAAUCCAAACAAUCAAUUGCUUUGCGAUUAAAGAAUAUAAGAAUAUUCGCGUGCCACGUGCAUGUCUUUAUACUUAAUUACAUCAUGAUCUCAUUUAUGCAUAAUCAUGUUGUGUGGAAUUUUUUAAUAAGAAAAUUAGUGAUGCUAAUCAUGAAAUACGUAUAUCAAAUUACUCGACACUGUUUGUAUAUAGGUAAAAACUAGAAAAUCGAAAAAUUGCCAUAGCGAAAAAUGAAUCUACUCAUUUCACUAUUCAUAAUUAAAAAUCAUGCACAAUAGAAACUUUUAUACUCUUAACUGUAUAUAAUUAUUCAUUCUGUAUGUAUACACGUAGAUACGCCAUAAUUUAUUAAUUAAGUGAUAUGUACCAAUUUUCAAACCUAGGCGCAGUAUUCAUUCUUACUGAAUAAGAAAAUUACUAGAAACAUCGAAGGAUUGUUAAGCAUCGUAAAGGAUACUUUGUAAAGAUAUCUAAAUGAAACAAAGCAUUCAGCAUACUCGUAUAAAUUACUACUAACAAACGGAUGCUAGCAGCCACUCCGCCAUCACAAAUUAUAUUAACUGGUGCAAAAGGGAUAAAGUGUAAAGAAAACUAAAGUCCAGCAAUAUAGAGUCUAGUCAGUGAGCGAACGAAGGAACAACAUAAAUUCUCAUGUCAUUUCUCCAGAGCACAGAAAAAACAAACGAGUUCACGCCAGCAGUCUAGUGACGCGGGGACUAAUAAUGAUGAACAUUGCGUCAUAUCAUUGAGUCAAUUAUGCGUUAAAAGCCAGCACAGGCUGACAACUCUUUCCUCCAGAAUCACAUGAGUUACAGGCAGAGUAAACUGUAUGCUGUAAAUAUUAAAAGAAUGAAACGGAAUGAAUAUAACAUCCAGUCUACAAAAUUAAGAAAUUUUGUUAUAACUCCUCAAGUCAGUACACUAUGAAAAAAUGGUUCCUUCAGCCAGUAGACAAAAUGCAAUUUGAUUAAUUGCUUGUCAAAUCUGUCUCGCCUAAUAAACUGGCAGUGUUCAAAAUUGAAUGUUCUAUUAAAAUUGUAACAAUUAGGUUUAAGUAAACUGAUUAUAUACAUAUACUAAGCCUGUACAUACAUAUGAAAGAUUCUACAUUGUUCCUCAGCCAUUGUCAGCCUUCGUGCAAUGAGGCAUAUAUUACCUUGCGAACUCCUCUCUGCUUUCUGCGAAUGUAACUUGUUCAGUACAAUAUAUAAAACAACUAAUUCUCACUGCCACAUUAGAGAUAAACAAGUUAAA